GUUCGAUGCAUCUGCCUUCCUGGAGCGCAUGCGCAACAAGGUGUUUCUGGUCAUCGGGGAUUCUGUCUCCAUGAAUCUCUUUGCAGCCCUCCAAUGCCUCAUCGAAACAGCCACUCCAACCAAGAGCAGGGAUGACCCCCUGUUCCCAGGAGGACCAAGGACUCGCGCCGUGAUUGCUCCGCAAUUCAAUGCCACCUUCCUUCGCCAUGCCUCCUCCUUUAUCGUCCAAUCUAUUCCCAGU